AUGGAGAAGAAAAAAGAAAAAGAAAAAUUUAUUAGAACAAAAAUACAUUCAAAUAUUGGGACAAUAGGCCAUGUAGACCAUGGCAAAACAACUUUAACUGCAGCGAUAACUUAUGCUCUGUCUUUAAAAGGUUUAGGAGAUUUUAAAGAUUAUGAAGCAAUAGAUAAAAGCCCUGAGGAGCGUAGACGUAGAAUAACUAUAAAUACGACACAUGUCGAAUAUGAAACAAAUAAGAGACAUUACAGUCAUAUAGAUUGCCCAGGGCAUCAAGAUUACAUUAAAAAUAUGAUUACAGGAGCAAGCCAAAUGGAAGGUGCUAUUUUAGUGGUAUCAGCACCAGAUGAUACACAAAUGGUUUUACCUGGUGAUAAUGUUAUCAUUACAGUUGAGUUAGGUAAAUCUGUUGUUUUAACUAAUGGUGUUCGUUUUGUUAUACGUGAAGGUAAAUUAACAAUAGGUGCUGGUUUAAUUUUAGAGUUAUUAUAA